AUGAAAAGUUUGGCCCGUUCAUUUGUCUACUGGCCUGGUAUAGACUCGGACAUAGAACGCACUGCGAAGUGUUGUACCGAAUGUGCACAACAAGCUCACGCACCACCAAAGUUCAACAAACACCAUUGGGAAUAUCCGCAAGUUCCAUGGGAGCGUGUCCAUGUGGACUACGCAGGUCCAGUGGCAGGCGCUAUGUUGCUGGUUGUAGUCGACGCUUACAGUAAGUGGUUCGAGGUCAAGGUUACACAUUCAACAACAGCAGAAGCUACAAUCAAAAUACUCGAUGAGCUGUUCGCAUCGUAUGGGACACCGGUAACCGUUGUUUCCGACAAUGGUCCUCAGUUUACCGCAGCUGAAUUUAGAGAAUUUUUACAACAAUCAGGAGUAAAGUAUCACAAAUUGUCAGCGCCGUAUCACCCAGCUACCAACGGUCAGGCUGAACGAUACGUGCAGACUGUGAAGGAUGCUCUAAAGGCGAUGGGAACCACCACUAACUCGCUCCAGCAGAACCUUAACGUGUUUCUUCGGCAAUACCGCCUAACACCGCACAUAACAACCAGCGAAUCACCAGCCAAAUUAUUUCUAGGACGAAAUAUUCGAACGCGUUUGGACUUGGUCAGACCAGAAACCCUCAGUAGCAAGAUGCUUCAGAAGUAA